AUGGCGUCCUAUUAUCAUACCGUCCUCGCAAGAGCAUAUGCUGCCCAUCCGACUUUAGUCGCCGACGAACCAUUGUUUCAAACUUUGUUACUGGCUCUCGUCGCCAGACAGAAGCACGUCAUCGUUCGCACCGCCGAAGAAGCCAAAGUUCUCACUCAAACCGUCAACAUCCUGCAUUUGUUGUUCAGUCUCUCGGUCGUCAAAUUGCGACUCAGACGAAACGACAAGCUUUCCCCGGACGAUUUCCUUCGCCUUCUCUUUCUCGAGAACCCCGUCCACGGUCCACCUUCCUCGCGAACAAACUCGCGGAAAACACUGAACACAGGCGGGAAUCAUGUUUCCACCUUCCGUCGUUCUAGUUCAUACCCGAAUUCAUCUCUCGCUGACAAUACUGCUACUGAACUGGGUCCGGGUGAUUUACUCGGUGACUUAGAAAUUUUUGGCGCAGAGUACGGCGUGAGUUCUUCGAUACGGAGCAUACGACUUCACGAACAUCACGUCCAUGCCUUAUCGAGGUCGCACACGGAUCCAACACCGCUGUGGCACGACGACAAAUCAACGGAAGAUCCCAGAACAAAUCUGUUUCCCAGCGUCUUCGUAGUUUCUGGACUAGAAUACACCUCAGAAGAAGUUCAGAAAACAUUAUGGACUAUCAUGACUGACCGACAAGUCUCGAUAGGUCAUGGUCACCCUGGUCAAAAGAAUACCCAGAAAUCCCUGCUGUUUGAAGGCGUAUGGCCAUUGCCUAUCGAUUUCUUUGUUGUGUACAUAUGUCCAUUGGGUACUGGCCACGACCGCCCUCCAAUUCACAAGAGUCUCCUGGAUAGAUUCGCGUUGAGCGUCGAAGCUUAUCCGCACGUUGAAAAUACUGUGGAUAAUCGUAUGCCGCCAAUUUCACUGAUUGAGGCCGAGACAGCCUCGCUCAGUGCAGUCCUCUCUCCUCUGGAACUCGCGGAUCUCCGUGCCCUGGCGGGGCCGUCGCACACCAUCAUCGGCUGCAGGGCCGAGUUGUACCUCUCCGACCUCCUUAGCGCUGUACGACACCACUCGCACCUCGAUGGAAUGCUUGUCACCGCUCGAUGUCGGGCUGAAACUUUGGACCUUUUACGUGCGUGGCGUGCUCUGUUCGGAGCUCCGCCGGAGGAUAGGGGUCCUGAGUCCCCCUCCGUCGAUGUGACUGAUGAAGACGUGAGAAAGGCUUUCGUCAAAGUGAUGCAGCACCGUGUAAGCGUGCUAGAAGGACCUCGGCAUGAAAUACUCGCGAGUUUGAUAUUUAAUCCGGUCGGAGACCCCGGAGAGGAGGAAUGGGAGUUUGGACGAAGAACCGUUAAAGAGGUGCUGAAGGAAAUACUUGAGACCGUCUAA